GCUAAGCGGUGCCGUUUGGUGGUGGACCAGUCCGCGAGUUUUCGUGGAUUGAUUGUUUAAAUCCUGUUUGAUAAUUCUAUUAAUAUCUAUAUUUUAAAUUAACGAAUCACCAAAAUGGGAUUCAAGUUCCUGGAAAUGAUCAGGCCUUUCUGUGCCGUCCUGCCGGAAAUACAGAAGCCUGAACGCAAAAUUCAGUUCAAAGAGAAGGUUUUAUGGACUGCUAUUACAUUGUUCAUCUUCCUGGUUUGUUGUCAGAUUCCCUUGUUUGGGAUCAUGUCAUCAGACUCAGCAGAUCCCUUCUAUUGGAUUCGUGUGAUUCUGGCCAGUAACAGAGGCACACUCAUGGAGCUAGGCAUCUCUCCUGUGGUCACAUCAUCUCUCAUCAUGCAGCUUCUUGCAGGAGCCAAGCUCUUGGACGUUGGUGAUUCUCCCAAAGAACGUGCUUUGUUCAACGGUGCUCAGAAAUUAUUUGGUCUUGUGAUCACUCUGGGCCAAGCGAUCGUGUACGUCAUGACGGGAAUGUAUGGAGAACCUGCUGAGCUUGGCGCUGGCAUCUGCCUGCUUAUUAUCAUCCAGCUUUUUGUUUCCGGCCUCAUUGUCUUGCUGCUUGAUGAACUUCUCCAGAAGGGCUACGGUCUCGGUUCGGGCAUCUCACUCUUCAUCGCGACCAAUAUCUGCGAGACGAUCGUGUGGAAGGCGUUCUCUCCUGCCACCGUCAACACUGGGCGCGGCACUGAGUUCGAGGGCGCGCUCAUUGCGCUCUUCCAUUUGCUGGCUACACGUCAAGAUAAGGUGCGAGCUCUGCGUGAAGCUUUCUACCGUCAAAACUUGCCUAACCUCACCAAUCUUUUGGCCACUGUGCUUAUAUUCGGCAUCGUGAUAUACUUCCAAGGCUUCCGUGUUGACCUACCCAUCAAGUCUGCUCGCUACAGAGGCCAGUAUUCCUCGUACCCCAUCAAGCUCUUCUACACGUCCAACAUCCCUAUCAUCCUCCAGUCUGCACUCGUCUCGAAUCUCUACAUCCUGUCACAGAUUCUGGAUGUGAAAUUUCACGGUAAUUUCCUCGUGAGUUUGUUGGGCGUAUGGGCUGACCAUGGACAAGGUGGUCCAGGACGCGCCUCUUACCCUAUAGGAGGUCUCUGCUAUUACAUGUCUCCUCCCGAGAGUCUGGGACACAUCGUCGAGAACCCCUUCCAUGCCGUGGUUUACGUCAUCUUCAUGCUGGGGUCGUGCGCCUUCUUCUCCAAGACCUGGAUUGAUGUCUCGGGAUCGUCUGCCAAGGAUGUGGCAAAGCAGCUGAAGGAGCAGCAGAUGGUGAUGCGAGGUCACCGCGAGAAGUCCAUGAUCCACGAGCUGAACCGCUACAUCCCCACGGCCGCGGCCUUCGGUGGCCUCUGCAUCGGCGCCUUGUCCGUGCUGGCUGACUUCAUGGGUGCCAUCGGCUCCGGCACUGGUAUCUUGCUUGCCGUCACGAUCAUCUAUCAGUACUUCGAAAUCUUCGUGAAGGAGCAGAGCGAAGUCGGUGGAGGCAUGAGCACACUACUCUUUUAGUGCCACUAGCGCCGUUAUUUCUGGUCUUAGGUUGUGGACAUUUGAGCUUAAUCUCCUGUGUUUUAUUGGAGGAUAAGCAGCGCUUACUAUUGUUCAUACCUUACUUAUUGGUCUGUGCUCCUGUUUAAGCUCAGUUUUGGAAGAUAUCAGUUUUUCUUUUUAGAUUUGAAUUUUUUGCUAUCUGUGAGCAUGUGACCUUCGGCUGCUUGUUCCAUACAAAACUAUGAUUGUUGGUCAAAAUGUAUAAUUCUGAAUAACAUGCAUGUUUGAGACUAUUUCAUGAUCUUCCUUAUGUUUUAAUGCAUUGCUUACUGCUCUGCAUUGGUGUUUUGGUUCUAGAACAUCAACUUUACUGUUUUGUUGAGAAGAUGGUUGUAUUUUUUCGUGGAAAGUGGACUGAUCCUCGCCUCUCUUGGUUUUUCACUGUGGUGCAUUUCUCAUUCGCGAGAAAACUUGAGUGCAGACUCGUAUUGAGUCUGUUGUGAACUGCGAGCAAACAAGUGUUCAAUUUUUGCUGAAAAUGCGUCUCAAAAUUUUUUUUAUUUUUAUAUUAUUUAUUUUUUUAAUAGAGAUCGCAUAAGUUUCAUUAAAGUUUCGGCCUAGUUCACAUUUUUGAAUGCAAGUUUGUGAUGUAUUUGUUCCCCGAGUUUGACCGUUAAGUUUAUCUGACGAGUUGUUAAAUUUUUUUUUCAGCAAACUGCAUCACUGGUGAAUUUAUUGAUUGCCUUCACACUGGGAGUCAUAUCAGUAAAUGGACCCAAUGUUAUUUUUACGAAUGCCGGUAUAAAUCUUCCAUUUGAGUGUUUACCUGUGAAUGGUUGGCGUCAGAACUUGAGCUGUUGUUGGGCAAGGCAAAAGGUAAUCCUUAUAAGUGCCCUGUAAUUUCACAACUUUCUCAUCACGGUCGACGAAAAACCUCGGUUUGAAUUGGUUUUGAUCAUUUCUUUGUGCUUUCAGGUCCAGCGCUGACAUGAUCAAUUAAUGACGUGUCAUCGUUUGUCGUGAUGACGGGUUAUCAUUUGUCAUGAUGGCGGGUUAUCAUUUGUCAUGAUGCCGGGUUAUCAUUUGUCAUGAUGGCGGGUUAUCAUUUGUCAUAAUGUAUUGAAGGUUCAGAAGUGACGGUUAUUCAUCCAGGUUGCCAUAUGGUUGGAAAUUGAUUCAACCAUCAGCAGUCUGUUCAUGCACUGUAAUGUUCGUCACAAUAAGACGCAUUUUAUGUCGCGUGUACGCUGCUGUUAUUGUGGUGUUGAUGCUUUUAUUGUCGAUGUAUAUUGCGUGUUUCAGCGAGUUCAACUUCGUCUUAUCCUCGUUGCUUUUAUUUUUAUCUGUCAAUCAUUUCUAUUAACUCAAUGACUUGUCUUAAUUUUUAGGAACGUAGACCUUAUGAUCCAUGUACAUUUUUUUCUAUUGACCGAAAUUUUUCUUUUUGUUCUGGCGUGAGUUGAUUUUUGAAAAUUUUUAAACAUUUUUUUCAUUGUAGAGAUUCUCUAGAUUUACUACAGAUAUUCUACUGCUCAAAAGCAGCAAUGGCUAAAGCUGCUUCGAUGUAUGGCUGAUCAACAACAGGAUAUUAACCGAAAUCUACGUCUCGAGAAUCAAGCGUGUGUGCAUAACCGUGAACGAAUGUAUCGACUGCAUGCAGUUCGAUUCCCCAUACUGUGCAUUUGUAAUUUUUAUUAUUUUUUUCAAUAUUGUGACAAAGUUCUUGGCGUAGUCAGGGUACAGCAUUCCUUGAAAACUUCUUAUCGGCUUCCUAGUACUCAGGUUGACGCUAUCCGAGUUUUCCAUCAGCAUGAAUAGAAGGAUGAACAGUGCGUGGUUUUCAACCAAUUCGUGUGUUACCGUUGCAGGUCCAGAAAGCCAAGUAGAAGAGGGAUGGCGGGCAAAUUUUGUUACUGUACGUCUUUAGCACUUUGUAUUUAUUAUAUUUUAUAAUAAAAUGAUGGAAUUAGAUUGAA